AUGGACGAACAAGAUCUUGCCACCUUGAAUCUGGUCAACAUUCCCAGCGACUUGCUGGCCGAGCCUUACCAAGAUGUUCCAUUUGAAGGAGUGGGAGUAGACGACAUACUAGAAGGCCGGUCAGAUGUGCCCAAGAGGGCGCCAUAUAGCCCAUACUUCCAUGGUUCGACAAUCUCACUUGUCUUUACGGGCCUGCAUUCAAAUUACAUGACCGGCUGGAUCAUGAAGCAGUUAAGAUUGAAGAAGCACAGAACACACACAGGAUGCGAACAGUUGGAUUUGAAUAGGUUUUUUAUGUUGCCGACUGAUGUCCUGUACGGGAUAUUUGGGUGGCUACACCCUGUGGAUCUGUAUCACCUGGUGCAAUCUACCAAAACAUUCAGAGGCGUGAUUCUGAAUCAAACAUACAGAGGGGUGUGGAAAAGUGCUUUCCGUCUGUACGACGAUUUGCCAACUUGCCCCGAAGACGUAUCAGAGCCACAAUGGUCAUCUUUAUUAUUCGGUCCAGACACUUGUGAUUUAGUAAAUAUUCACGUGGUGCAUCGACGCGACAUGUUGUACAUCGUACCAGACGAUCCCGACGACAAGCUUUUCAUUGUUUGGUCACUGGUUCCAAAAUCAUUCCGUCACGGAAGCACGACCUAUUAUACUGACAACCCGGCGCUUGAACACAUGGAGGGACGCUAUGCUCGAUAUUUGAGAAAGGAUGUCAAGGCAAAAGUCGACGAGGUCAAGCGGUUUCUGGCCGACAUCGACGCGGAGGUACCAGGCGCUGCCGAAAACUAUCAAACGUUCUUAAUUGACACUGCAGAAAAAUGUGAUGAGAAUAACAUUAGUGUGCGAAAAGCCAACACAUGGGCGCAAGGCGUUUAUGUUGAGAUUUUCUGUGACCAGGGGCGCUUACAACGGGAAUCACUAAAGAGAUGCCUGACCCGACUUGUGAACACUGGACAUGAUUUACGUGAUACAAUUGCUGCUGAACGGCUUGUCCUUUGUGGGUUGUUCAGAGCUAGGCGUAUCAUACGAGUUACGGGCAAGGUCUACCGUGAAAUCAAGCCCGAUAUUGAAUCGAUGGUGUACAGAAAGAAAAUGAAGAGAUUGUCUUGGGAACGUCAAAAUGUCGUCAAGUCAUAUUAUACGGAGUAUCGCAUGACGCUGAAGCCAGAACAGUGGGCAUAUGUCCCACCUCUUCACCAAAUUUCUAGAGACAGUCUAUUCAGUGAUUUCCUCUCCUCCGAUGCUGAUCCUAUGGCUGAGCUCUCGAGGGAAACCGCGUUAGCUCGUUUUCCUCGGCUUAUUUCAGAGUUUAUGAACUCACAGAUCGCACAUCUGGCUUCACUGCUGCCCGAAGAGACUGAACACGUCAGCCCCCCCAUGGACUCGCGUGCUCGGAUUGCACAUGCAACGAUAGAAUCAGUAUACUUUUGGCAGCUUCUUACACCAGAAGCGACACAGUUUGUCAAAGAGCAUGAGCCCAUCUUUCCCCCUGCCGAUGCAACCGCCUGGGGCUGCAACCACUGCCCGGAACACUUUGGAAAGAGUGUUUCCCUUCCAUGUGCGAAGUCUCACGUCAAAGAAAUUCACAACAUGGAGUGGCCAGUCAUUGGCAAAGAUGUCAUCGCGUACAAGCACCAGUUCCACCCCCAGCCGCGGGGAUAUGCUUCACGGAAGCCAUUCCACUACGCACUGGAACCGCCUUGCCAGUUCAUGUGCAAAAUGUGUCCGAAGCGACCCGUUUACCAGUUGUGGUCGAUGCAGGAUUUGAUACCACAUCUGUGGAACAAGCAUCAUGUACCCGGGCCCCGUCAACACCACCAUUGGGAAAAAAUUGAGAUUACCGUGGCGCGAUGAAUGGAUUGACACUCAAUUACAAUUGCAAUCAAGUAGUAUGGUUUCCGAUCCAGCUCUUGACCCUUUUUCCCAGCUAGAUUUGACUCUGGCAGCUGCUUGCUGCUUCAAACUUGAUCUGUUCCGUUCAUGUCCAGUUGCGCAGGUCGAUGAAUAAUAUUCAUUAUUUAAACUGU